AUGCCGAGGCGGAGAUUACUGAUAACUAAGCGGACACUGACGCGGGUUGCUCUGCUGGUGCUUCUCUUAAUUGCAGUCACGACUCUGCUGUCAUUCUCUUUUGACACUGCCUUCUAUGGUGCGGCUGGACCCUACAGUUCCCGCCACCCGCGAGCGGCAGCGGCCGAUGACGCGGCACUCGCUCACAUCCCGCGCAGCGUUGUGGACACGUGGAGCCGGCGGCACUACCUGAUUGUGCUGGGCAUCAUGACGGUGGAUGACGAAAUAAAGCGGAGGCGUCGCAACCUGCAGCGAUCAACGUGCUGGCGGUUCCCCGGUGUGGCGACGCGGGCUAAUGACUUCACCGGUGCGAUGCUUGUGCUGUAUUUUUUUGGUCGCCACCCAGCGCAUGGCUACAACUACUCCGCCGCGCUGC